AUGGAAACUGUCAGUCAUACAUGGCACGUCCUCGAUGUAGUGGAAGGGUCUCCCGCCGACUCGGCGGGUUUGGUUCCUUUUGGUGACUACAUUAUUGGGUGGACAGGUGGUCCCUUGCAAAGUGAAGGUGACUUUUUCCAACUUGUUGAACAGUGCGCCAAUACGAACCUCUCCCUGUAUGUGUACAACAGUGAUUACGACCACACAAGAGAAAUCGUCAUUGUGCCCAACCGAGAUUGGGGUGGAGAGGGCUUGCUGGGUUGUGGUAUUGGCUAUGGGCUUUUGCACCGAAUUCCUAAACCCAAUAAGCAAUGGGAGGACUCCGUAAUUGAGACCACGGAGGCCGAGCCGGUCAACGACUACAGGCUAGCACCGCCUGCAGCUAUGCAACCAACGAAUACCUACGAAACUGGCUAUGACGAGUUCGAGCCUCAAGACAGUUAUAAUUAUGGUGUAACUGUGAGCGUGCAUCAAGAUGAAGAGGAAUAG